AUGCCACGAGUAUCAGAAAGGAAACAAGUAAUUGCAGCUUUAGAGCAACAAUUCAUCGAUACAACAUCUGCAAUGACCGAAGAUAUCAGAUUAUUGUUGCGAAUGUCAGAAAUUAUUAAUGACGAAGACAUGGUCAGCUAUUACAAAGACGUUGCAAGUAUCUACGAAAUAUACCUGGCGGGCGAAAUUGACGUUUACAAUGACAUGAAGGCAAAGAUCGAAAGCUCGAGAUAUUUACACAAGGGAAAAAACGAUGCUCCGAAAUUCAUGACAAAAGAAGAGAGUCUUGAUCAUUUACUUGAUUUGGAUGAAGAAGGAUUUCUAGAAGAGUUUAGAAUGAGUAAAGCAUCGUUUUACAAGAUCCACGACCUCGUGAAAGACCAUUUUCUGUACAGAUCAACAGCAAAGUCGAUGCAAACUGACACGAGACUUCAGAUUGCCGUUGUUCUCAGACGAUUACAAGCAAAUAGUAACACUUUAUCAUUAAACGCACUGUCCAACUUAUGGGGAGUUGGAAAGGGAUCUGUAAAUAACUUCACCAAUCGAUUCUUUAAUGUAAUUCUAUCCUUGGAAAAGGAAUUUGUUCACUGGCCAAGAGAACAUGAGAAACAGGAAAUCAUAAAAGAAAAUAAGAAACCACUUGGAUUCCCAGACCUUGUCGGUUUUCUGGGCGGCUGUACCUUUCAACUUGCACAUGUGCAAUCCUGGAAGCCAGAGCGAUUCAGUGGGCCUGACUCCAAGUACUAUGUGAACAGCAUCGGAAUCUGCGACCACAAGAUGAGGAUCCGGUACUUUGCUCAACCUGUCGAACUUGGGAACUCGCCUGACCUGCGUAUCUUUUCGGAUUGUGAGCUGGGCCGGUUUCCCAAAAGAUUCUUCUUUGGAGAUGAGUAUGUGCUGGCCAGCCGUGGUGGAUAUAAACCCCUCGAGUAUCUGGUUCCUGUUAAGACCAAAGAACCAGGACAGGAAAGGCUACCCAAAUCCGACGAGGUAUUCAACUCCUACAUUUCGAUCAUGUGUCUCAAGAUCAAUCAUGCGUUUGGGAUCCUUAAGGAGCGCUUUUCUUCUCUCAAUGAAAUUCCGGUCAAAGUCAAGAAUAUGGAUGAUGCAAAGUUGGUCAAUGAGUGGAUCCGAGUUUGCAUUAUUCUGAAUAACCUAUUGAUGGAUCAAGAAGAUGAUAAGUGGACCAUCCAAGUCAAGGCUGAGUGGGCUGAAAAGGGCAAGGCUGAUAUAAAGAGGAUCAGAAAAGAAGUAUCAGGCGAGGAUUGUUAA